CGCUCAGAUAUACUGAGCGAGCGCGGAGAAGCAGUCUCAGAUCCUGACGGUGCAGCAGCCCGCAGCCUCAGCCAGGGAGUCCCAGUCGCUUUCAAUGGAGGAGAAGCCCGGCCAGCCACAGCCUCAGCACCAUCACAGCCACCACCAUCCGCACCAUCACCCCCAGCAGCAGCAACAGCAGUCGCACCACCACCACCAUUAUUAUUUCUACAACCACAGCCACAACCACCACCACCACCACCAUCACCAGCAGCCUCACCAAUACCUGCAGCAUGGAGCCGAGGGCAGCCCCAAGGCCCAGCCCAAGCCGCUGAAACAUGAGCAGAAACACACCCUCCAGCAGCACCAGGAAACGCCGAAGAAGAAAACAGGCUAUGGUGAAAUAAAUGGUAAUGCUGGAGAAAGAGAAAUAUCUUUAAAGAACCUCAGUUCUGAUGAAGCUACCAACCCUAUUUCCAGGGUCCUCAAUGGCAACCAGCAAGUUGUAGACACGAGCCUGAAGCAGACUGUAAAGACCAGCACCUUUGGAAAAGCAGGAAUUAAAACCAAGAAUUUUAUUCAGAAAAACAGUAUGGACAAAAAGAAUGGGAAGUCUUAUGAAAAUAAAUCUGGAGAGACCCAGGCUGUAGAUAAGACCGACACUAUAGCAAUUCCAAAUGGUGUUAUAACAAAUAAUUCAGGCUAUAUUACUAAUGGUUAUAUGAGCAAAGGAGCAGAUAAUGAUGGGAGUGGAUCUGAGAGUGGAUAUACCACUCCUAAAAAAAGGAAAGCUAGGCGCAACAGUGCCAAGGGUUGUGAAAACCUUAAUUUAGUGCAGGACAAAAUAAUGCAAGAGACUAGUGUCCCAGCAUUAAAACAGGGACUUGAAACUUUAAAGCCUGACUACAGUGAACAAAAGGGAACUCGAGUAGAUGGUUCGAAGCCUAUUUGGAAAUACGAAACUGGACCUGGAGGAACAAGUCGUGGAAAACCUGCUAUGGGUGACAUAAUUCGUAAAAGUUCAGAUAUUAAACCUGGUCUGAGUAGCAAAAAGUUUGAUGAUCGGCCUAAAGGAAAGCAUGCCUCAGCUGCUGCCUCCAAAGAGGACUCGUGGACCUUGUUUAAACCACCCCCAGUUUUUCCAGUGGACAAUAGCAGUGCAAAAAUAGUUCCUAAAAUAAGUUAUGCAAGCAAAGUUAAGGAAAACCUCAACAAAACUGUACAGAACUCCUCUGUGUCACCAUCUUCAUCUUCAUCAUCAUCAUCUACUGGGGAAACUCAGACCCAAUCCUCAAGUCGGUUAUCCCAGGUCCCCAUGUCAGCUCUGAAAUCUGUUACUUCUGCCAGUUUUUCUAAUGGGCCUGUUUUAGCAGGAACUGAUGGAAGUGUGUAUCCAUCUGCGGGUCAGCCACUGCUAACUACUGCUGCUAAUACUUUAACACCCAUCUCUACUGGGACUGAUUCAGUUCUUCAGGACAUGAGUCUGAGUUCAGCAGCUGUUGAACAAAUUAAGUCUAGCCUUUUUAUCUACCCUUCAAAUAUGCAAACAGUGCUGUUAAGUGCACAAGUAGAUCUGCCCUCUCAGACAGAUCAGCAAAACCUGGGAGAUAUAUUUCAGAAUCAGUGGGGUUUAUCGUUUAUAAAUGAACCCAGUGCUGGCCCAGAGACUGUUAUUGGAAAGUCAUCAGAUCAUAAAGUGAUGGAAGUGACAUUUCAAGGAGAAUAUCCUGCCACUUUGGUUUCACAGGGUGCUGAAAUAAUUCCCUCAGGAACUGAGCAUCCUGUGUUUCCCAAGGCUUAUGAGCUGGAAAAACGGACUAGUCCUCAAGUUCUGGGUAACAUUCUAAAACCUGGGACUACUGAGAGUGGAGCCUUAUCCUUGGAACCCAGUCAUAUAGGUGACCUGCAAAAAGCAGACACCAGUAGUCAAGGUGCUUUAGUGUUUCUCUCAAAGGACUACGAAAUAGAAAAUCAAAAUCCUCUGGCCUCUCCUACGAACACUUUGUUAGGCUCCGCCAAAGAACAGAGAUACCAGAGAGGCCUAGAAAGGAAUGAUAGCUGGGGUUCUUUUGACCUGAGGGCUGCUAUUGUAUAUCACACUAAAGAAAUGGAAUCUAUAUGGAAUUUGCAGAAGCAAGAUCCCAAAAGGAUAAUCACUUACAAUGAAGCCAUGGAUAGUCCAGAUCAAUGAAGGACCAGACUGCCUAUUUGUAACCUUUGUGCAGCAUUAGAGCCACCGUUCAUGUGGGACACAAGGCUUUCAUGCUCCUAGAUCUUCAACGCAGCAGAGGAACCAUAAGUAGAAUCACAGGAUAAUAUAUACAAAUAUAUAUAUAUACAUAUAUAUAUAUAUAGUUAUUUAAAAAAAGGCAACUGAGAGUAAUUAGACUUCUUAAGGAAUCAAAUUUAUUUCAAGAGACUACACAUGGUUAUUUAAUCUCCGGUACCGAAUAGUCUUUUUCUUUAUUAUUUUGUUAGUUUUUGUUUUUAAGUGUGAAUGCAAGUGAUUAAUGAAUACAGACUUAACAAGCGUGGUUCUAAAGUUCCUGCUGUCAUCUACUUGGGCAACAAAUGACCCACUGGAAAGGCAAAUCCACUUAUUUCUAGGUAUCUGUACCUUGUUCUGUGACUAAAGUGAUACACUAAUCACGGGGAACCCAGAAUGAUUCAACAUUUUCCCCUACUCCGCCCUUGAUCUUUUAGUUUUAUUUUGAGCCCUGCGAGAAUGCUGGAUAAAUGCCUUGAAGUUUGCAGGGGUGUUUUUUGUUGUUUGUUUUUUGUUUUGUUUUGUUUUGUUUUUUAAUCCAAUGAUUUGCAUGUCUUGCCAAGAGUUGUGCAGCCUCUGGGGUGUUGGGGAAAUAGUUCCUUUCCUUUUAUUUUUUGUGGGGUGGGGACAGGGGGAGGGCAUUGAAGUUUUACAAUCCUGGAAUAGUUUGUGGGUACAUAGUUAACUUACUUUGGUUACAUGUUUGACUUUUAACAGCUGAAGAAUCUAAGAGUGUCAUUCAAGGAAAAGUUGCAGAACGAGUAAUUGGCUGAUAAUUACCCAUUGUAAUUGUGUAACUGGGAGCAAAAAUAUAUUCUGCUUUUCUGCUGUAGGUGCUCAGACUUGCUCUCUGUCACUAACACUAAGUGCGUACUCUUCUUGUUUUUCAUCAACCAUUUAAGAGAAACUUAUGUACCUUUCUGUAAAUUCUUUUAAUUUCAGUUUCUCAGCAAAAUCUAAAAAGGAAAAAAAAUUCAUGAAAACCGUCUUUUUUUAGCCAGUGAGGAGGUAAUAAACACUGCUUAUAUAUGUAGAAGGUGUGUUUUCAGGCAAAUUCUACUUCUCAGCUUACAUAUUUCUAAUUAUAUCUUAAUAUAUUUUAUCAUUAGAGCAAGAUUGGGCUUGGGUUUUUUGUUUGUUUGUUUGUUUGGGUUUUGUUUUUGUUUUUUAAUAAUGUGAAAUUCUGAAAAUUUGGGGCAGAAAGAGGCAUUAGCCCUGU